GCUGAGACAGCAGAAGAAGCAGAGCCUGGCAGAGCAUCGCACCCCUGGGGAGGCAGAGGACAGACAUCAGAGCUGGGCGCCAGUAGCAGAACAGGAGUAACGAGUCCUCCUUGUACUGACUCAUGUGACUGCAGAGAUGCUGCUCCAUCUGCCCCUCUUUCUCCUGUCCCUAAUCCUCCUGGAAGACGUCUCGGCCACCAGCUGCCCAGACCAGUGCAGAUGUGAGAAGGAGCCGAGCUACAGCGUCACCUGCAGGAAUCGAUCCACCAUGCCUGAGCUGCCGCAUGACAGCGAGAUCCUGCGUCUGUUGGAAACACGGAUUCCGCUGAUUGCCAGAGGAGCAUUCACCACUACCCCCAACAUCAGCAGGAUUUUUAUCACGCUGGACACUGAACUGAGGAAAGUGGAAUCUGGAGCCUUUCAGAGACUUGGGAAGAUCACAGAAAUAGAAAUUCGAAGCCUUAUGAAUCUGAACUGUAUUGAAGCCGGAGCGUUCCAGGAGCUGCCUCUGCUCAAUUAUUUAGGGAUUUUAAACACCGGCCUCUCCAUUUUCCCUGAUUUAGGCCACAUUCACUCUCUGGUCGGCAGCAUCUUUGUGGAGAUUGCGGACAAUCCUAACAUGGCGCUCAUGCCAGCCAACGCCUUCCGGGGCCUGUCCAGCGGCUUCCUGACCCUAAAACUCUACCACAAUGGAUUCACCGAGCUGCAGGCCCAUGCCUUCAACGGCACCAACCUGACCGCUGUGGACCUGCACAACAAUGACCGCCUGGGUGGGCUCCACAAGGACGUCUUCAUGGGGGUCGUCUCUGGACCCACAUCCUUGGACAUCUCCAGGACGGCUGUUUCCUCGCUGCCCAGCAAAGGCCUGAAGUACCUGAAGCAUCUAAAGGCACAGGGCACCUGGUACCUCAAGAAGCUGCCGCCCCUGAACACCUUCGUCCACCUGGCGACAGCGGAGCUGUCCUACCCCAGUCACUGCUGUGCCUUCACCAACUGGACCAAGAAGAAGAGCGACCUGGAGUCUUUCUUCUGCAACCAGUCCUUUCUGCACAGCAGCCACCAAAAGCGCUCGGUCCCGGCUUUUGUAGGGAGCGGCCCAUCUUACCAAGACUAUGGGGAUGGAGAUCCAGACCAGAACGAGAACACCAAGUCUACAACCUUCCAAAGCAGCAGCCAUUUCUCAGUCUUCUUUGAGGAUCAGGGAGAUGAAGAGGUUGGAUUUGGACACGAGAUCAAAAACGCGCAGGAGCAGUACACCCCGGUUUUCGAGAGUUAUGACGUGUACGACAUUUGUGAUGGCAGCGAGAAGCUGGUGUGCACGCCCACGCCGGACGAGUUCAAUCCCUGUGAGGACAUCAUGGGCUACAACUUCCUGAGAAUCGUGGUCUGGUUUGUCAAUCUCUUGGCCAUCUUAGGCAAUGCCUUUGUCUUAUUCAUCCUCAUCACCAGUCAUUACAAGCUGACCGUGCCCCGCUUCCUCAUGUGCAACCUGGCAUUCGCAGACUUCUGCAUGGGCAUCUACCUGCUCCUUAUUGCCUCAGAAGACCUUCACACCCGCUCCGAGUACUAUAACUACGCCAUUAACUGGCAGACAGGGGCUGGGUGUAACAUGGCCGGAUUCUUCACCGUGUUCGCCAGCGAGCUCUCUGUGUACACCCUGACAGUGAUAACACUUGAGCGCUGGUACGCCAUCACGUUUGCUAUGCGCCUGGAUCGAAAGAUCCGCCUCAGACACGCUACUUUCAUCAUGCUGGGCGGUUGGGUGUUUUGCUUCUUUUUGGCACUCUUACCAUUGGUUGGGAUUAGCAGCUACAUCAAAGUCAGCAUCUGUCUACCAAUGGACACAGAGACGGCGCUCGCUCAGGCCUACAUCAUCUUGGUAUUGAUGUUCAACAUCAUAGCAUUCGUCAUCAUCUGCGCCUGCUACAUCAAGAUCUACAUCACCGUCCGAAACCCUUAUUACAAGUCUGGAGACAAAGACAUGAAGAUCGCCAAGCGCAUGGCCGUCCUCAUCUUCACCCGACUUCCUUUGCAUGGCGCCCAUAUCCUUCUACGCCUUGUCCGCCAUAAUGAACAAGCCACUUAUCACCGUUUCAACGCUAAGAUCCUUCUGGUCUUGUUCUAACCGCUGAACUCUUGUGCCAAUCCUUUCUCUAUGCCAUAUUUACCAAGGCUUUCCGGGAGAGAUGUCUUCAUCCUUCUCAGUAAGUUCGGCAUCUGUGAGCAUCAGGCGCAGGUUUAUCGUGGACAGACAGUUUCCGCUAAAAACAGCAGCGGCUCGUAUGGGCAGAGGAGCAGUGGGGGCACUGGGCAGACCCUGGCAAACCUUCCUGAUUUCCUUAAAGAAAACCAAGAGGUGGCAGCGAAACAAGACCCACUGCUGGAGGACUGCGGCAUGAUGGUGUUUUAGCUUCUCCAGUGUGAUUACCACUGCCAAGAAGUGACCACCAUCAGUCACCUCCUGGCAAGUGGACCCUGGGCUGUCACAGACCUGAACCUGAAUAAAUUACCGAGCUUUCCCUGACCCACAGCAAGGUAGCAAUGCUGUUUAGAGAAAGCUGGGUGAGAACUGAAGCUUCUGCAGAAGUGGUGACCAAGCUUUCCUUGAACAGCACAUCUUCCUUAAUAUCCAGUAAAAUAGCUUGUAUUCUUAGGCCAACUUAGGACUCUAGGAAAGCUGACUGAAAACACUUGUGGCUAUUGUACUGGCCAUACUGGUUGUCACCCAGCUUUCCCAGAAAUGACAGCGCAGGGAUUUAAAUUUUUAGAGGAUAAUACAUUUUGUUAAAUAAAAAUGUUCUGAUCUUGUAGAUUUAGGGCAGAGAAUCUUUAUAACUGUAGUCGAAUCCCGGGUGAUGGCGAGGUUCGUGCGACUUCCCCGUAUACAUGGGCGGCGGUCUACGAUAAAUGCGUUCUGCACACACAGGGCAUUAUGGUGGCGGACAGCGAGCCCUUCUGUAAUAUCCAGUGUAACCGCACAGAAAACGACUAAAAUAAACUUGUUUAUUUGAUUUCUGCUUUUUCCCUUUAAACGUCCGUGUUCGUCGCAGGAUCAGGGGAGACAGACGGCGCAGAUAGAAUUUCAGUCACACAAACAGGUUCUCUUUUCCUUUGGAAAGUGGGAUAUUAGAUAUUUUUGCUCUGCACAUCUUGAAGACGUCUCAAAGCGGCGUGAGACAGCGGAAGCCUCCACUCGCAGGAAUAGGGUGUCGCCUGCAGACGGUUCCUGGAAAUCGAGGAGCACAAAGGAAUGGGAAAAAAUCUUCAAUAAACCAAAUUUAACCAGAUUCUAAAACAACAUCUCGGGUUUGACAAGAAAAAAUAUAUAAAAGACAUGGAAAACACCUGAGAAUCCUGCGAGCCGCUCGACCUCUCGCUGACACUCUGAUCCAUAGGCGACUGCAGUCUGUGGAGGAAAUUGAGAACUU